GAGUGCCCCCAUCUCUAGAAAUCAAAAUCCCGUGGCUGGCCCCCGAGCCAAGAUAACCUUCAGAAGUACAAUAAAGCUAAAUGAACAUAACGCUUGGAUUACCUCACGCAACUAACCCACAAAAAGAAGUAAACACUGAAAAACAAAAACAAAGCCGCAUGGAAGUAAGGGUGGAAUUACCCCGCGAAGAAAACUCACAAACUCAAACGAACAUUCAAAAACAAAAUAAAAGGAGCAUGCACGUAGUAGCAGAAAUACCCCUCGAAGAGAACUCACGAGCUCAAGCAAGCAUUGAGAACUACAAUAAAAGCAACAUGGACGUAAGGGUUGAAUUACCCCUCGAAGAUAACUCACAGGGUGAAGUGUUUCUUCAGACACACAAUAACUCCAAACACGGAGUGAUUGAAGGCACAAUGUCGCGUUUAUCAACACCCUGCCCAGACGCCCUGCACACCCUCGCCUACUGGUGGUGGGUCCUGCAAGGGCUGCUCCUCGCUACCCUGGCGAGGUUCAUCUCGGGACCCACCGCACCUGACGAUGACAACCCUGACGAUGACAACCCUGAUGAUGACAAGCCUGAUGAUGACAACCCUGACGAUGACAACCCUGAUGAUGACAAGCCUGGCGAUGACAACCCUGAUGAUGACAGCCCUGACGAUGACAACCCUGAUGAUAACAACCCUGAUGAUAACAACCCUGAUGAUAACAACCCUGAUGAUGACAACCCUGACGAUGACAACCCUGAUGAUGACAACCCUGACGAUGACCCUGGUCUUGAUCUUGACCCUGGGGGUGAAGAGGAUGACUUUGAAGAAGUGGAACGGAGGGAGGUGGUUGAAGAGAAUGGCUUUGAGGAGGUGGACCGGAUGGAUGUGGACCGGAUGGAUGUGGACCUGGUGGAGGUGGACCGGAUGGAGGUGGACCGCGUGGAGGUGGACCAGAUGGAUGUGGACCAGAUGGAAGUGGACCAAAUGGAUGUGGACCGGGUGGAGGUGGACCAGAUGGAUGUGGACCGGGUGGAGGUGGACCAGAUGGAUGUGGACCGGGUGGAGGUGGAACGGAUGGAGGUGGACCGGGUGGAGGUGGACCAGAUGGCUGUGGACCAUAUGGAUGUGGACCAGAUGGAUGUGGACCGGGUGGAUGUGGACCAGAUGGAUGUGGACCAGAUGGAUGUGGACCAGAUGGAUGUGGACCAGAUGGAUGUGGACCAGAUGGAUGUGGACCGGGUGGAGGUGGACCAGAUGGAGGUGGACCGGAUCGAUGUGGACCGGGUGGAUGUUGACCAGAUGGAUGUGGACCGGGUGGAGGUGGACCAGAUGGAGGUGGACCGGAUCGAUGUGGACCGGGUGGAUGUUGACCAGAUGGAUGUGGACCGGGUGGAUGUGGACCGGGUGGAUGUGGACCGGAUGGAUGUGGACCGGAUGGAUGUGGACCGAGUGGAUGUUGACCAGAUGGAUGUGGACCGGAUGGAUGUGGACCGAGUGGAUGUGGACCGGGAAGAGGCGGUGGAGGUAGUGGUGGGGCAGUUCGGGGUGGGGGUUGUUGCCGCCCCUCCUGACCCGCCCGGCCGCCACCCUGGUUCUGUUGAGUAAGGAGGGUGAAGGCGAGGAUGACUUUGACAACGUGAGCGAGAGGGACGCGGCAGCGAUGGAGUAAGGCAAUUGCAGAAUGUUAAAAAAAAAACGAAAAUAAUAAAAAAUAAAAAAUAAAUGUCAUACAAAAAAAAAUUAGGAUUAAGAUUCAUGAAAAAAUAAAAUAAAACCAAAUACAAAAUAUAUAAAAGAACAAAAAAAAAAAAAAGACAAAAAACUCAAACCCCAAUACAAAAUGUGAGGGUUAAGGUUAAGGAUCAUAUUUCUUUGCGUCAAAAAGGAGCAAUGGUUUCACCCGACGAGGUGAAAACUUAUAAAUUCGCCAAAGUAUUAACGAAAGUUCCGUUCACGCCUUGCGCAGCUUGGAAAUAACGACCAAUAAACUUGGUUAAGCUUUAAGUUAGAUGAAAAGAAAACAAAAAAUCACCGGCCAGUGAGUACAUGUCGUGAACGACUUGAGGAACGAAAAAAGGAGACAGUAAUUAAUCUCACGUUGCAGUUCAAAAUGUCCCUGCGAAAUGGAACACCCGAAACGAAUGCCGUGUGUGUGUGUGUGUGUGUGUGUGUGUGUGUGUGUGUGUGUGUGUGUGUGUG